AGAGCGCUCGCCGAGGCGGCUUUCGACCGCUCCCCCACCACCCUCUUCCCAGCAUUCCAAGCGGCGGAUAUCGAAAAGAGAUUGUCUCCAGGUCGGUGUUGGGCUGGCUGGGGCGUGUAGUUUUUUUUCCUACGACGCUUUCCCUGGAAAGGGAAAUACUUCGCUCCUUAAUGUCGAGCUGUCCGUGCUUUUUUCCUGUCCAGCCUGCGUGAGGGUCCCGUCAGCUCCGUUCCCCAAGGAGCGCGGCUCUCUUUAUUGGCCGGAAUUCGUUUUCUUCACCCGCGCUAAGUAGCGCUUUGUCCGACACGGAGCGUUUGUCGAGCAAAGCAUUUUGGGACUCGGAGUUUUCUUCGCGGGCUGCCCUCUGGGCAUUGUAGUCCCGCGGGAGUUUUGACCGGGCGCUGGGUGCAAGUUGGAAAGCAUAUCCGGGCUCUUCUGAAUGUGGGCGAGGGUUGUUUGAUCGCGUUGCUUAGCAACGGCCGUCCCCACCUUAAACGACUGCGGAAGUCAGCGAGGGAAGACAAAGGAAAGAGGCUGAAGGUGGGAGGAGAGGCGGUGGAAAAAGUAAAUGAAUAUUCAGGAUGGCACCUAUUUUGGAAUGGAAGAAAAUUAUGAGAGUAGAUCCUGAUGCUUUGCCUCGUCAGGAGGAACUAGCAGAUAAUUUGCUUGAGACUGUGGCCAAGGUUGAUGGUAAUGGUUUGAAAGAUGAGACUCCUGCACAUUUAAUUCAACUUUUUAAAAUUUCUCAAUCACUAAUGAAGAUGAAAAACCAAGAAGUAGAACUGGCUCUAGAAGAAGUUGAGAAAGCUGGAGAAGAGCAAGCUAAAUUUGAAAAUCAAUUAAAAACUAAGGUGAUGAAGCUAGAAAAAGAACUAGAGAUAGCACAGCGAUCCACUGGAAGCCGUGAUACUCGAUUUCUGCGCGAUGAAAUUCGCCAAUUGGAAAAACAGUUGUCACAAAAAGAUAGAGAAUUAGCGGACAUGGAAAAGGACCUAGACAAAGAGAAGAAAGUUAAUGAACAGCUUACUCUUCGAAAUGAAGAAACGGAAAAUGAAAACAGCAAAUUAAGAAGAGAGAAUGAGCAGCUUCAUCAGGAUGUUAUUGACUAUCAGAGACAAUUAGAAUCACAAAAGGAAACAUUUCUCUCAAGAAGAGGAGAAGACUCAGAUUACAGGUCACAGUUAUCAAAAAAGAAUUUUGAGCUUGUUCAAUACCUAGAUGAAAUUCAGAAUUUGACAGAAGCUAAUGAAAAGUUAGAAGCACAAAACCAGGAAAUGAGGAAGAAUUUAGAAGAAUCUGUGCAAGAAAUGGAGAAUAUGACAGAUGAAUACAAUAAAAUGAAAUUUAUGGUGCAACAGUCUGAUAUUGCCAUGGACCAGCUAAGAAAGGAAAAAGAGCAAUAUAGACUACAGGUGCAUGAGCUGACAGACCAACUUAAAGCAAAGAAUGAAGAAGAUGACCCACUUAUGGCAGCUGUAAAUGAAAAAGUGGAGGAGUGGAAGAGAAUUUUGGCUUCCAAAGAUGAUGAAAUAAUUGAAUAUCAGGAAAUGUUGUUGACUCUGAAAGAGAAGCUGAAAAUGGCCCAGAUGGAUGCUGACAAGAGCAAUGUUCUUGCCCUCCAGCAGACAAUAUCUGAACUCUGUGUUGGUGUGCAAGAAAGAGACAGUCAGAUCAAAUUGCUCACUGAACAGAUUGAACAAUAUACAAAGGAGAUGGAGAAAAAUGUAUUGAUCAUUGAGGAUAUGAAAAGAGAACUCCAGAAAGAUAAAAGCAGGCUAUCAAUUACUCAACAGGAUCGUAUUGGGGAAAUGCAAGGAAAGUUACAGAUGCUAGAAGAGAAAAUCAAGGAUAGUGAAAGGACAGCAGAACUUGCAGAAGCAGAUGCAAGAGAAAAGGACAAAGAACUUAUUGAAACUCUGAAGCGAGUGAAAGAUUAUGAAACUGGAAUAUAUGGCCUGGAAGAUGCUGUUGCUGAAAUAAAAGGUUUAAAAAAGCAACUCAAAAUAAGAAAUAAUGAAAUUGAAACAUUAAUUAAAGAAGUUAAUAAACUUGAAUUUAAAAUCAAUGAUCUUCUUGAUGAAAAUGAAGAUCUUCGGGAACAGCUAGGGCUUGAUCCAAAAACAAUGAUUGAUUUAACUGAACUGAAAAAUAGCAAAGCAUUAAAACAACAACAAUACAAGGCUGAAAAUCAGGUCCUGCUGAAAGAGAUUGAAAGAUUAGAAGAAGAAAGAGUUACCCUGAAACAACAAAUCCGUAAACUGGCUCAGGAGAAAGGAAGAAGAGCUGCAACUUUAGGACUAGAUGCAGAUGAUCUACAGCUGAUUGAUACUUUUACUGAAGAUUUAAAGAUGAAAAGAGAGAGAUCUGAGUUAAUGAGUACAUCUAACUUUGAUAAACUUAAAACAAAGAAUGAGCAGAUAUUAAGAGAUUUGUUCGCCAAGAACACACUGAAUAAAAAUACAGAGCUAGAGCUUGAAAGAUGCAGGAGCCAGAAAUCUGAGAAUGACUACCUUGCCAAAGAAUUAAAUGAACGAGAAAAAGAUUUGGAACAAAACAGGAUUAUAAUAAUGAAAUUGAAAUCCAAUUUGAAAGAGUUGGUACAAGAAAACAAGCACCUUCAACAAGGAAUGAAAGAAAUUUUACAAGCGAUAAAGGAUCUGCAAAAGGAUCCAGGUGUAAAAGAUGGAGAAAUUGCUCUUAUGAUUCCUAGUCUGGAGCGGUUAGUAAAUGCAAUUGAAUUAAAGAAUGCAGACGGAGCUUUUGAUGCCAGCUUGCAUUUGAAGGCCCAAGUGGACCAACUGACAGGCCGAAAUGAAGAAUUGCGUAAAGAAUUGAGAGAAUCUCGGAAAGAAGCAGUAAACUUUUCUAACCAGCUAGCUAAAGCAAGUACAAAAAUUGCAAAUCUAGAAAAUGAAAUUGAUAUGCUGAAAAAAUCAGAAGGUGGCAACAUAGUAUUUAAAUCACCAAAUCUUCCAGAAGGAAUGUCUCCUUCCAGUGUGAACAUAAUUAAUUCCCAGAAUGAAUAUUUAAUACAUCUUUUUCAGGAAUUUGAAAACAAAGAACAGCUCUUCAAAAAAUUAGAAGAGGCAAUAGAAGAAUAUAAGAGAAAAUUUGCAGUUAUCCGCCAUCAACAAGGCUUGCUGUAUAAAGAAUAUCAAAGUGAAAGGGAACACUGGAAAGUUGCUAAUGAGAAAAUACUACAAGAAAAGAAAAGAUUGGAGUAUCAAAAGGAAGAAGAUGAUAUAAAAAUAAAGGAAUAUACUGAUUUAUUAGAUGUGCUUGAAAAGGAUACUGAUGAUACAAAACAACGAUUUGCAGAUUAUAGUAGAAAAAUAACUGUUUUGAGAGUCAAUGAAAGAUCAAUAACAAGACAAUACACAACAUUACUUGAAAUGGAAAGACAUCUUCGCAAAGAAAAUGAGCAAUUGAAGACUGAUAUGAUAUCAAUGGAGGUGACAGUUCGAGAGAAGAUUGGAUCUUUGCAAAGGUUUAAAGAAAUGGCAACUUUCAAGAUAGCAGCAUUGCAAAAAGCAUUGGAUGAUAGUGUACCUCUAAAUGACCUUGAAAUGGCUAAUAAACAAUAUAAUGAGUUAACUGCUAAAUACAGGGAUAUGCUUCAAAAAGAUAACUUGCUUAUUCAAAGAACAAACAAUGUGGAACACCUAGAGCAUGAGAACACAUCUCUGAAAAAUCAGAUAGAAUUUUUAAAUAAGGAACUAGAAAUUACAAAAGAGAAACUUCAUACAAUUGAACAAGCCUGGGAACAAACAGCAACACUUGGAGACAGAACUACAGACAAAGCUACAAAGGCCAUAACCAACAGUGAGAUUGUUUCUAUUUCUAAGAAAAUUACUAUGCUUGAAAUGAAGGAACUAAAUGAACGACAGAGAGCAGAGCAUUGUCAGAGAAUGUAUGAACACCUACGAAAUACAUUAAAACAAGCAGAAGAACGUAACUUUGAACUGGAAACAAAAUUUGCUGAGCUUACAAAAAUCAACCUUGAAGCACAGAAGGUAGAACAGUCAUUGCGAGAUGAACUAUCAAACAGUGUGAGUAAAGGAAUAAGUGAGGUGGAUAAACGUCGAAUAAUGGAGCUAGAGAAAAGUGAAACUGAACUCAAGAUUGAGAUAUCAAAGUUAAAGGAACUUUCUGAUAUUGCUAAGACACAAGUUACUGCAUUGGAGAAUCGGCAACAAUCGAGAGAUAAAGAAGUGGAAUCGCUCAGAAUGCAGAUUUUGGACUAUCAGGUACAAUCAGAUGAAAAAACACUUAUUGCAAAAUUACAUCAGCAUAUUGUGGCCCUUCAGGUUAGUGAGGCUACAGCUAUAACUAAGUUGGCAGCUGCAACAUCAAAACUUCAGAAGACAGAGAUCACUAACAUGCGCUUAGAGCAAAAAUUGGAUGACAAGGAGCAGGCAUUAUAUUAUGCCAGACUUGAAGGGAAGAAUAGAGUCAAACAUUUACGCCAAACUGUUCAGUCAUUACGGAGGCAAUUUAGUGGUGCUUUGCCCCUAGCUCAACAGGAGAAGUUUUCUAAGACUAUGAUUCAACUCCAGAAUGACAAACUUAAAACUAUGGAAGAUAUCCAGCAAGCUCAGCAAGAACGUCGAAAUGCAGAGAACAGAGCAGUGGAGUUGGAGAUGAAAUUAAAAGGAAUAGAAGAACUAGUAGCCACUUUAAAAGACGCAAGAGGAGCACAAAAGGUAAUUGAGUGGCAUGUGAAAAUUGAAGAACUUCGCCUCCAAGAACUUAAACUAAAUCGUGAAUUAUCCAGGAAAAAUGAGGAGAUUAAAUAUUUAAAAAAUAUACUCUCUGAAUAUGAACAGACAAUCAAUCAUUUGGAAGAAGAAAUUGUUCAGCAGGGCCAGUUCCAUGAGGAGCGACAGAUGGCCUGGGAUAAAAGAGAAGUAGAAUUAGAACGUCAGCUGGAUAUAUAUGACAGUCAGAAACAGGACAUAUUAAGUACAGCUCAGAAGUUUAAUGAAGCUGCAGGUACUGUACCAGAUCCUAGCUUGCCUCUUCCACAUCAGCUUGAGCAAGCUCUUAAAACAGUUAGAGAACAAAGUCGAACAAUUCUGGAAAUGCAAGCCACCUGCAAAUCUGUAGAAGAGAAAUUAAAAGAAAAAGAAGCCGCUUUGUGGAAAGCGGAGCAAAACAUCUUGUCACGAGAUAAAGUCAUAAAUGAACUAAGACUACAAUUGCCAGCAUCAUCUGAGAGAGAGAAAUUGGUAGCACAGCUAGAUCAAAUUGAUGAUAAUACCCAACCCUACGCUCUGAAAAUUGCACACCAGACCAUUGCAAAUAUGCAAGCUAGAUUAAAUCAGAAAGAAGAAAUUCUGAAAAAGUACCAGCAUCUUUUGGCCAAAGCACGAGAGGAACAAGAAGAAAUUGCAAAGAAACAUGAAGAGGACCUCAGAAUUCUGCAUCAGAAAUUAGAUGUACAUGUUGACAGUUCCUUUAAUAAAUUCAAGCAAACAGCUUUAGAGUUGAUUCAAAAGCCUUCUUUAGCUGUUCCGGCAAGUAAACAUUUAAUUCGUCUGGCAGAACUGGAACAAACUAUAGCAGAACAGGACAGCUCCCUUAAUUCCCUUCUCAGCAAAUUAAAGAAAACAUCAUCUGACUUACAGAAGCAAAAGCAGAUAACCGCAGUAAAAAUCAAUGAGUUUGAUAACAUCAGGGCCCAGCUUGAGGAGAAGCAUCAAUGUAGAGUUAAAAAACUGCAAGAUGAAAUAGAAGAAUUAAGGAGUUUAUUGUCAAAAUUGGGAAAAGAACUACUGAAUAUAAAAAGUGAGUUGGAGAUACAAAGACAAGCAAAUAACAGGUCUCCAACAGCUACAAUGAAGAAUCUAGUGGAACGACUAAAGAAUCAACUAGCUUUAAAAGAGAAGCAACAAAAAGCUUUGAGCAAGGCACUUCUGGAACUCCGAGCAGAAAUGACAGCAGCUGCAGAGCAACAGAUAAUUUCUGUAGCAUCACAAAAAGAGGCACAUAUGAAUGUUCAGCAAAUUGUUGACAAGCACACAAAGGAAUUGAAGAGUCAGAUUGAAGAUUUGAAUGACCAACUGUUGAAACUUAAAGAUGCUCUUAAAUUAAGCAAAAACAAAGAGAAUUCUCUGUUAGAUGAUAUGGAUGAUUUAAAUCAACAACUUCAGAAAAAAAUGAAAGCCUACACUAAAGUUCUAAGGGAGAAAGAUGAUAUGGAAAAAGAGAAUGAAGAACUGAAAAAGCAGAAUAAAAAAUUAACCAGUUCAAUUCAGGGCAAGGCUGAUGAGCAAACUCUAAUAGAUGAACUUCAAAGAAAAAUAAAAAGAAUGGAAACAGAGUUUGGAAAGAAGAAUGAUGAAUCAGAAAAAAAGAAUCCAAGAGAAGACAAGGUGUUGAAAAGCCCAAGGGAAGAAUUAAUUAAAUGGGAAGAAUGUAAAAAAUGGCAGACCAAAGCUGAUGGGAUGAGAAACAAGCUGAAAGAAAAAGAAAAGGAGAUAGAAUCCUUAAGCAAACAGCUUAACACAAUAAAGGAACUUUUUUCCAAAGCUGAAAAAGAAAAAAAUACUUUGCAGAAGAAACUCAAAAGCUGCAGUGUCACUGUUGAUCAUGUUAUGGGAGUCAGAGCAUCUGAAUCAGAGCGAGAAUUAGAAGAGCUUCGUAAACAAAAUAUGGAUCUGGAGAAUGAGAUUGUUCACCUGAAAACACAAUAUGCUGUCCCUCGAGAUACUGUUGUAGAAGAUUUGCACUUAAAAAACAGAUAUCUACAAGAAAAACUACUAGUAUUAGAGAAACAGCUUCCCCGAGAUACUUGUUCAAGGCCAUCAACAUCAGGGAUAGGAUCAGAUGAUCAACAUCAAAAAGAACAAGAGCUUCAAAAGGAGAAUCUAAUAUUGUCAUCUGAAAAUAUGGAGUUACGAUUCCAGUUAGAACAAGCCAAUAAGGACUUGCCAAGAUUAAAGAAUCAAGUAGCUGAUUUAAAAGAAAUGUGUGAACUCCUGAAGCGAGAAAAGGGAGAAGCUGAGCGGAAAUUAGGCAGUGUCAGAGGGGCUGGAAGAAGUGGGAAAACAAUUCCAGAAUUAGAGAAAACAAUUGGCUUGAUGAAAAAAGUUGUAGAGAGAGUCCAAAGAGAAAAUGAAGAGCUAAAAAGGGCCCCUGGAGUAGUCUCUAAUGAAAAAGUUGCCAAACUUGAGCAAGAAAAUGAGGACUUAAGGUCUGAAAUGGAAAAACUGAAACUUCACUUUGGAAGUGAAUUAAGUGCACGAUAUGAACUGAAGACUAAAGGCACAGAAAAAAUCAUUGCUGAAAAUGACAGAAUACGUAAAGAGUUGAAAAAGGAAAUAGAAAAUGCAGAAAAAUUGCGAAUGGCAAAGAAUAACCUUGAAAUAAUAAAUGAAAAACUGAAUGUGGAAUUGGAAGAGACAACAAAGAAAUUAAAUUUAGCAGAAAGCAGAAUCCCAAAACUUGAAGACACUGACACCAAGAAUUGGAAAUCCAUAGUUAUAACAAGGAUGUUUGAAAAUAAACUCAAAGAAAUGGAAUCUGAAAUUGCCAGAAAAAACCAAACAAUUAGUGAUCUUAAACAGAAAUUACAAAAGCCAACAUGGAGUGAAGAAGAUUAUCUUAAAGAACAAGCUGAGGUCCUCAAAAGUGUUCCUGAGGGUACCAGAACAGAGCAAGAAUAUGUCAGAGAAAAUCAGCUUCUCAGAUUAACUAUUGAUCAUUUGGAAAAGGAAAAAGGAGAACUAAUUUACUUGAUGGAAUCUUCUCAAAAUCAAAGAAAACUUAAAGGAGAUGACCUUGCAGCUGAGAAGACUGGAAACUACAGACUAGUGGGAGAAAUAACAGACCUCAAGACACAGCUUAAAUCUUCAGAUUUGGAACAGCAGCGACUUCAUGAAGAAAUCAGAAAGCUUAAAAACGAAUUGGACCACUUUGAUCCAGCCUUUUUUGAGGAAAUUGAAGAUUUAAAAUAUAACUAUAAUGAAGAAGUUAAAAAGAAUAUUGUCUUAGAAGAGAAAUUGAAAACACUUUCUGAAAAAUUUGGAGUUCAAGUAGACAUUCCAGGUAGAAUUUCUAUUGACUAAAUACUUGAAGAAACAUUUCCAAGAAACUUUCC